AUGGAGGUGGUGGUGGUAGGGAUGGCGCUUGUGGAGGUGGUGGUGGUGACAACAUGGUGGUGGAGGUGGCAGCAUGGUGGUGGUGGUUGUGGAGGUGGUGGUGGAUGUGAAGGUUUUGAAGGACGUGGUGGUUGUGGUGGUGGUGGUGGUGGUGGUGGUGGUGGUGGUGGUGGUGGUGGAGGUGGAGGAGGUGAAGGUGGAGUUGGUGGAGUUGGUGGUGGUGGUGGUUGUGGUGGAGGUGGAAGUGAAGGUGGUGGUGGUGGCGGCGGUGGCGAUGGCGGUGGUUGUGGAGGUCGUGAAUGUGGUGGUGUAAGUGGUGGAGUUGGAUGUGGAAGUGGAGGUGGUGUUAUUUUUAAAAAUAAAUGA